GUCUAUGACAAAAUGGCGUCCGAAGUUGGUGGGUUUCAAACGAUUUGCGUGAAGUUUAGCGAAAAAUAUUGUUCCUAUCACUACCUGUAUUUCAAGAAUCACACAACAAGAGAUGAAGAUACAACAAAACCACCGAAUAAGACACUUUUUGUCGUGAAUAUUCCCCCAUAUUGCACAAAGGUGCCGUGAGAUCUGUUGGUUUUUUACCACGUUUUCUUUCUUUAUUGUUUGGCUUUCAAACAUUUGCAGUGUUACUGAUAAUCUUCGAAAGCUUACUUUUGUUUGGUUGAAAAUAAUUUUAGGGCUCCUUAAAGCGACUGUUCAAUUGUUUUGGCGCUAUAAAAGACGUAUUUCUUGUCAAGCAACCGGGGUCAACGGAGAGGGAUGCAGCAAGCUUAGUCAUUCCGCCAGAUAGUGUCAAGGUAUUGUUUCACGUAAUAGUAGUCACUCAUGGCUUCUAUUGAUAUGGCCUCUCUGGGUACAAAAUUCCAUAACUCUCUUGGUACAGAAUUACAUAUAACCCCUCACUCUUCUGAAGUAAAUCCAUAGUCUUAAUGUACACUGUAAAUCUCUUGCUUUCACCUUGUUUUGUUUUGUUUUAUCCAAGAACUGUAAUAUGCAUAGUGAAGUGGUAUGGGGUUAUUCGAAAAUCUUUGCCCCUCCAUGGAUACCAGUCUGAAGAGUUUGGUCUAUGCAUGUUUGGGUGUUUGUUUUCUUAACGGCUUACAGUACCGCUCACAUAUACAUUAACCCAAAAAUGCAUAUAAAACACGCCAAAAAUCGCGUGCAAGUGCGAAUAAAAAAUGUGCAUGUCAAAAAAUUGUAUAUGCAUGCAUAAGCUUGAUACAUUUGCCUCAUCAGUGUGUGGGAGGUAGACCUUUUGUUUUUCUAUUGUUGACGGUUUGUUGUUUUAAAAAAUAGGCUACAGUGUAAUAGCACUUAAAUACUUCACAGCUAACAACGACAAGUAAACUUGCUCGUUUCAGGCACUGUUUGGACUGACCUUCUCAAUAUGCUGUUAUACACAAAUGCCACUUUGUAAUUGGAAUAUAAAAAGGGCUUCUCGUUUUCCAACAGAAUUCAUUAAUCAAAAGAGCGAUUUCUCACUUCAUAUAAAAAAAUCCAUUGCAACAACUCAUAGCUUUCAUCAUCAAUGAACAUACUGUUCUUGAAAACAGGUUUAUUUAUCUUGCCUUUUAAACAAAAGCCAAGAAGUUCUACCCGCUUAUUUUAAUAGUGUUGUGUUACAGUUUGGUUACUUGUCACAACUAAGUCAUGUUCUGACUCAUAUGCAAAUUUUUAUGCAAAACCAGAUUUGCUUCUUGUUUUACUAUUCAUCAAAUCAUCAAUUAAUGUUCACAAAGUUGUUUGAAAAAGGCAAGGGAAAAAUUAAAUGCAGGAUACAUGUAGUUCAAGUUUGUUUAAUAUGUGCAAUGCAAAAAAAAAACUCAACAUUCUGGGACGUAUACACUGAAGUGAGCACCAUUUGCAAUUAAUAAAAUAAAGCAUCAAUCACAAUCUUAAAUAGUAUAUAUCCAUUCUGUUCUCCAUGGAAGGUGAUUGAGGUAAGUUGGAAGUUUCAAAGAAAUCAUCACAUGCAAUGCAAACACCAAAUUAUUAAAUUUUUUACAUUCUAGUGCAUAAAUAUUCAAGGGAGUGCUGAUUGCAAUGAAUAAAUUGGGAAGCAUAUUUAUUUAGUAAAUAUUUGCUUUGUUACUCACUUAGCAGUACACAUGUUUUGAUGCCUUGUGUAAAUGACACUUUCCUUCUCUCCUGAUUCAUUAACAACUCAAAUCAAGCAAAUCUAUGGCUACUGUGAAGUGAUGCAACAUGCAGGAGUGUAAUAUGAUGGGUUUUUUCUUUAUGUAAAUUUUCCCUUGUUGACCCUGCUUUUGUAAACCUAAAAGUUCUUUUUUUUUUUGCAACAAUGUGAUUCAAAGGAAACUUAUAGCAUUGAAUAACAAGGGCACAAGAGUUGCACAUUUUUUCUCAUCUUUUCAUGCAAAAAAAAUUUAUAUGUGUAUCUGACUACCCUGCAUCUGAGCAUAUGAAAUUUGUCUGUGCAGUUAAUAUAUGCACGAGCAGUACUGUAUGCGCAUUCCAGAGUCGGAGUGAGUGAUUGAACCCACACUUUGAACCCUUACUUGGAAGUUGUAAAACUAAGAAGCAAUUAUGAAGCCAUGUGAGUUUGAGUUCUGAUUGCAUUGCACUGACCUCAUAGGUUCUGGCAAGUUCAUCCAUUCAUUGUAGACUGGUUUAGAUGUAAGAGUUGUGCUUAAGUGAAAUGAAUCAAGGGUCAGCCAGGCAAUUUUAAAGUUGUCAUCUUGGAAGAAAUUCAGCAUACUUUCACUUAAGUGUUCUGUGGAAGAUACAUUAGCCUAAUUGUUACCAAUCCUAUUAGACAGGAGUCCAGGUCAAGAGGUCUGGGUUUUAGUGCCUCCCUUCACCCACAAUGUAGCAGAAUAAAUGGCUACUGGACUGAAUUGUUUGGUAAACCUGAUGAAAUUCUGUAAGGUGUAGGCUUGCAAUGGACUGACAACUCACCCAGGGGGAAAGUAAUACUCCUAGCCGCUUCAUGCAACGGAAACAAGGAUAAGCUUGGGCUAGAUGGGCCACUUUGAUUACAGGCUUUACCUACCAACAUACUCUAGUUUGUUACCAAUCCUGUUACACAGGAGUCCAGGUCAAGAGAUCUGGGUUCUAGACCUGGUCAGAUCACUGUGUCAUGUUCUUGGGUAAAACACUCAACUUUCACAGUGCCUCCCUUCACCUACAAUUUAGGAGAAUAAAUGGCUAUUGGACUGAAUUGUUUGGUAAACCUGAUGAAAUUCUGCAAGGGGUAGGCUUAAAAUAGACUGACAACUCACCGGGGGGAGGGGGGGGAGAAGUAAUACUCCUAGCUGUUUCAUGCGAUGGAAAAACAAGGAUAAGCUUGGGCUAGAUGGGCCACUUUGAUUACAGGCUUUACCUACCAACAUACUCUAGUUUUCUACAUGUCUAGUAUAUUUUUCAUUGAACUGUCAAAUAUCUAUUUUAUUUAGCAAAUAGAUCUCCUUAUGUUUUACUUCCUUUCUAUAGGGUUUUAAGGUUGGUUAUAUUGUCUUCAAAAAGUCUUCUUCUUUGAGUGCAGCAUUAAACCUAGACAAGUCUACAGUAAGAGUGCUUUCAACAGAGAAAAGUCCAGUAGUGACUGGAAUGAAAAGUAAGUACAGUGAAUGGGACUGCAUGGAUAUGUGGGAAGAAGUUUUAGCUCUCAAUAUCAGCCAGUAAACAGAGGUCAUCUUGUUCUUGCAUAUAACGCUAUCUGUCUCUUAGUUCAGACCUAGAAGAGCUUUUAUUGCAACAACCUGGUGUACAUGUAGGUCUUCACUUGCUUGAUACAUGCAGUAUGUGCUGCUGAUUAUUAGUAAUUGUGGCUUUUUAAGUUUAACUCACAAGAAUUCUGCAAAAUCAGUAGGAAUAGCCUUUCUGUCUCAGUGAGACUAGUGCAGGCUUUGACAAAUUUGUAAUAUGAAUCACUUGUUUUGGAGAAUCAUACUAAAGAUUUCUAAUAUAUUGGUUUAAUAUAUUGGGUUAUGUUUAAAAAUGAGAGUUUUUGAAUUUUUUGUAUUCAUUUCAGAAUGGAUUGAGGAAUAUCACUUACAAUACCCAGAUACAAAAAAGUUACAGCUUGAAGUGGAUGAAUUUAUGGCAAAGUUUGAUGAAGAUAGAGAGAAGGUGAAACUUCUUUGUCUUAUAUUUUCCAUGUUUAAUUGAUGUUUUAUUUGGUUUGUGUGGAGGAUACAUGUACAUGCAAUUUCUAGCCAGUGAGCAAUUAGAUAGUCAAAUCUUCCUUGUUGGUAUAAUGCUGCUGUUUAAUUUAUUAUUAUUAUUUUUUUAAUUUAUUACUCAGACCGAAAGAGAAGAGGCUGAAUCACGUAACCAAGCCGAUGAUGAGGGCUGGGUGACCGUUGGGAGAGGUGGAAGGAACCCAGCAGCACCCAGACUGGAUGUCAAUGAACUACGAGAAAGAAAAAAGAGGAAAAAGAAGGUAAUACUGAUUUUUGGUGUACACUAAUCAACUGCAAAGUUAUUGUCAAUUGCAAGGAACACCUGCAAAUUAAGGCAUAUUGACCCUUUGACUCCUAAGAGUGACUAGCAUCCAUUUUUUUUUCUUUUGGUUUACAGCAAGCAUUGUUAAAUUUUUACCAGUUUCAACAACGCGAGACAAGAAGAGAACGUAAGUACCUGGAAUUAUCUUUUACUUCAUGGACAAUUAUUUUGUCAGCUGUGUGUGCUUCCACGAUAUACAUGUACUAGGAUCGAAAUUGUGAAGAACUUAGACUCAAGAACAAACAAACUUUGUUCACCUUUUACACCAUUGAAACAACUAUUCAAAAUUUCCACAAAAAGUUGAUAAAUGAAAAAUUACCUUUUUACUAUCAGGAGGAGUUGCCACCCUUCUAUCCCAUUCUGUGCUUGUGACAUUUAGAUGGGACUCAAUGAAGUCUACUUUAUUCAAGAUACAAUCAAUUUUUCUGGUGAUCAUAUCUCUCCAGUUGUCCUGUGAAUAUAAAUAGAAAAAAAUGUUUACAUUUGUAAAGCAAUCCUUCAACUAAAUAAAUUGUCAUUAACCUUAAAAAGAACCAAAAAUUUGUGAGAAAGGAAAGUAAGGAAUCAUAAUUCAGCACUAAAUGAAAACCAGAAAAAAACACACAUUUGCAAAACAGAACCAAACAAAACACAAAAAAUGUUGCAUGGAAUUAAUACAGGUGUCAAAUGUGUUUAUGUGGAAUUAACAGGAUAACAGAGCCAAAUUUUACCUUAAGCCAUUUAAGUUGCUGGUUCUUUCUUAGAUGGGGAGGUCAAAUGCACUUUAAUUCUCCAACAUUGAAUAUUUAAAGUCACAAUACUUACAUCAUCAGAAGAACUUCCCCCUCUUUUGGCAAUUUUGUUGGCUUUGGGAAAAUUCCUACCACUGGGGACAUGGUGAUGAUAAUCAGACCCAGUUUGGCUUUCAUCAUCACCAUCAUCAUCACUGGAAACCUAUAAGUAGAAUAUUGCAAUUUAACAGGUUAUAAUUUAUUACACAAUUUAAAGCACCAAUGAAAAUAUGGCCUAUUAUCUAUCAUCAGGCAUCAUAUUUGUUACUUGGUAUAGAAAAUGUGUUAAAAUGGCAAUGAUUGUUCUAAAAUGUUACAGUUAGUUUCUUGCUUCAAAGAAAGUGUGAUUAAUGUGAGCAUGUAAUAGAGGAAAGCACUUACCUCCUGAUUUUCAAAAACAGAUGAACCCAAUUUUUCCAACUUCUUCAUUUCGUUGCUGAUGUCCCAAUCUAAGAGUAAAAAAAAAAAAAUUAAAAUUCUAUAGCAAGUUACCUCAACAACAGAUUCAGUGUGUGUUGUGGUUCCAUUUCAUUUGGUUUAAAAAAUAGCAAACCAUUUUAAGUUUGAUAAUUUCGCUUUUUCAACAGAACGUUAUCAGUAAAACGUUUAGAACAAUAACCUUUAGAACAAUAACCUUUAGACCCCAGGUGACUACUGUGAUCAGUAUAUUCCACUAAGGUAUAGAACAGAAAAUUAACUCAAUUCUAGGAAAAAAUCUUCUAACCUAUUGCAUCCUUUUUUUGUUUUGGUGACUGGGACACUCUUGCUUGCUCUGGGGAUAAUGCACCUUCCAGGGCCUCCAUCCUCUUUUGGCAUUCCUCCUUAUUUCCUUAAAAGGAGAGAAUAACAGCCAAUAAAAUGUGUCAUGUCCCUAUUUGAAUCUUCACUGAAAGAAGGGGAAAGUAGUUACCUGGGGUAUUUCUCAGGUUUGCUGAAAAUAGCAAUCACCAUUUGCUCAAUGUUUUGUAUGUUUCUUUGUUUAUAAAACCUUUCUGAUAUCACUGACCUGUUCAGCAAUGUAAGUCUUUCUCCAUGUUUUCUCAAAUUGGUUAUUAUCUUAGUUAAUGGGACUUCUGCCAUAAAAUAAACAACCCUUACAAUUGCCAAUGAGUUCAGGUCCAUAUAAUUUGAAACGUGUUAGAAAAAGUCCAAUAUCAGGGUGUUUUUCCUGGGUGAUUGAGGGAAAGAGGAGGCUUGGCUGGGAGUUACCCAAACUAUAUGUUACCAUUGCUUACGGUGUCACUGCUCUCUCCCAAAUAAACAUUUAUGGAGAAAAUUAAUUACAAAAAAGAAAAACAACAACAAAAUAUUGGAUCGCAUCUAUUUGCUCCUGGCCAAAGCGAACAUAAACAAUACCUACAACUUACCGAUAAACAUAAGCGUUGCAGAAUACUUCUUACCACUGAUUUUCACCGACACUGUGCUCAUUACUUUAGCUUCCCGAUCUAUUGUUUUCCGCUCAACUAAACUAUACUUAAGGUCUUCCAUAAAGAAUAAGACACAGUGAUCUUUGUCCUCAAAAUCUGAAAUAAAACAAAAUUGCUAAUAAAUAAAUUUCAGGGAAUAAACGGAUCACAUAAUCGAUUUCCCGUUAGUGUUAUUGUACCCUUUUAGUUACUUUUAGCGGCAAGGUUAUUAGUAACGAAAGCCCAAGACAAAUAUUUGUUUAUUGCAAACCAUUUCGUGCGAGACGACUGGAAGCUACGAUGUUUCUGCCUACAACAUUUAAAUACAGAACAAUCUCCCUUUUAAAACUGCCUGAGAAAACUGCUACAAGUUUAGCGAGGUUAGCGCGCCGUUACGUCGUUUGGAUGACAAUAGCGUUACAUCUCGUGUCAGUUUCUACUCGAUUCUAAACAAAAACGCUUUUAGACAAAAUAGAACUCUAGAACGAUUUCAUGAUUUGUCCUACAUUAAAAAAAAACAUGGCCUUGUAAUUACAACAACUCAUGGUCAUUUUUUCCGUUCAUGUUGAAAGAAUCGAAAAAAGUGCGAGAUUAAGUCUAUCGCAUCGCCUUCCAGAUGUGUAAAGUUGAUCACAUCAACAUAAUGCGGUAUUCCAUAAUGCACAAGAGUCAGUACCACUUACCUUCGGGAUGAUUUUCCUUCAUUUGCUUUAGUUGCAGUCGUGCACUAGUUGGCUUUUUAGACAUUUUAACAAGACACUCGAACUACCAAGACCAAUGUGUUCCUUGAGGUUGAAAGCGAGUGCUCAAAUAAAGUGUCGUGGACAAUCAUGCGUGCAUUUUAUAUGCUUAACAGAUGUAAACUAUUCACCUGAAUUGCGAAGCCACUUCACGUGAUACAAUUCAACAAGGGUAUCGCAACGUUAAUUGUGUAAUCGUAACGUUCUUUCAUAAUAAAAGCAAAACGCGACUUACCUUCUCUGGCCUGCUAUAAACUCUUGUUACUUACCGACUGUCUCAUUUUCUAUAUUCAAGCGGCAAUAACAUUUGCUAUUUUGUAAAGAAUGGUAAAGUCCUAAUUCUCGAAAUCGUUAUUCUUCUUCUGGGCUGUAGUUACAGUUAAAUUUCGCAACGAGGCAGAUAACACUCAACCAAAGUAAAAUUUAUGUCGAACUUUGCUCGAAACGAAAUGGCGCAAGAACGGUUGAUGGCAACGGUCGAAUUUGCAAUUCUGCGUAUGCGCAGUGGUCCUGGCGGGAAACUGUGGAAAGCCCUCGUAAAAGUACAAAAUGUCACGCAACUCUCGCGAAAAAUAUUUUCUGAGUUACUACAACUUUUUUUAAAAUACAGUUUUUAAUUUCGGCCACCCGGCCGGUCUGAAAAUUUGCGAUGUUCAGUUGUCAGUUUCUUUGUAAAGAAUAUGGCUUGUAAAAUCUAAUUCUAGAAAUCGGUUUUCUUCUUCAGGGCUGUUAAGGCACAGUUAAAUUUCACAACGAGGCAGAUAACACUCGACCUAAGUAAAAUUUCUGUCGAACUUUGCCCGAAAAAGAUAUGUCGCAACAACGGUUUAUAUUGUAUUUUUAAAAAUAAAUGUUUUCAUUUCUGCCGAACGGUCGGUCUGCACAUUCUGCGAUAUCUUUUGCUGAACCAGAUCUUGCUUACGAUCAAUUUGUCAAAUAUUUAAAAGGAAAUUACCUACACGACCAAAAGCUGCCAAAACGAAGAUUUUUCUUUAGCAACGGCGAAAAAUGUUGUUUGAUGAAAGUUCGAGCGCCCACGAGGAAGACAGUGGCAGCGAACAGAGCGUUACCAGAGAAGAUAUUGAAGACAGUGGCAGCGAACAGAGCGUUACCAGAGAAGAUAUUGAAGACAGUGGCAGCGAACAGAGCGUUACCAGAGAAGAUAUUGAAGACAGUGGUAGCGAACAGAGCGUUACCAGAGAAGAUAUUGAACGGGACAAAUCCUCAGAUUUUGAUGAUUUAUCUAAUGAAAACAUACUGAGGACUCCAAGAAAGAACAGGAAAAGGAGAAUUUGCCAAGUGAAUAACGAUUCAGGAGAGGAAUCAAGUGCACAUGAGUUAUAUGACUCAAGCGAUGUUCACUCUUCAGAAGAAGACACUCGUGUUCUUAUCAAAUCACCUCAAAAGAAGAAACAUUCUGCAAUUGACGAGCCACUUUGUGACAGUGAUGGCCCUGGCAAUCCAGAUGCACCCCAUCAGGAGGAUUGCGAACUCCAUGAAACUUUAAUAGGUUGUGGGGGGUCUGAAAGUGACUGGUCUGAUAACUUGUCUGAAGACCCAGAGAGUGCUCCUGAAUCCACCUCAAGCAUUGAGCACCCCAGCUCUGAAGAGGAAGGAGCCGAAGAUGAAGACACUGAGAGUGAAGGUGAUAUGAAUUCUGGAGAGUCAGGUGAACUUCCAUUAUAUGAUGGAUCUACAUUAACAAGUGCCAAUUUUGAUGCAUUGUUGUUAGCCCUUUUCAAGAAGCAUCGCAUGUCUGAAGCUGCAAAGGAGGACAUGUUGAAACUAUUAGAACUUACUUUGCCAGGUAACAACAGUGUCGCACCAUCAUCCUACAAGUUUAACAAAAGACAUGACGAGUGCUUACUUCCUUAUAAGCUAAUGGAACUCUGCCCUACAUGUCACAAAAAAGUGGAAAAAGAUUUGUGCAAAAAUAGUGAUUGUGGAGGUGAGGGAAUGAAAGUUGAAGUACUCAGGUUUUAUGAAAUACCUCUAAAACCACAGCUUCAAAGACUACUUCAAGGUAAGAACAAAAUGUAAAAUUUACAUUUAAUAGAAAGUCUAUGGUUAGACAUACUCUACUGAGUUAAAAACCAAAAAAAAAAUAAAUAGAAUGUCACCUAACCUUUGUUUUUGACUAGUUUGAUCUGGAGCCUCAUUUUAUCUUUAAAGUUGAUUCUCCAGUAAAUGCACGUGAAACCUUACAAUCAUCAAAUAUUCACAAAGUUAUGUAAAUUCUUUGCCUAGUCAACAUCACUCUUAAAUUAGGGGUUAAAGGGUAGAGGAGCUGAUAACCUGAAAAGCACAAAAAUUGUUCAAAAAUAUACAUGCUUUAGGCAGAAAAGUCAAUGAAUGAUUAUUACAUUAUUACAUUAUUGAGCAAAGAUGUACCCUGUGGCACCUUUUGGCCUAUAAGCCAGAAAUCCUUUCUAUGUGACUUCUAUUAAGGGAUCCCUUAUGCAAUUAACUGACCAAUCUAAUUAAGAGAAGUGAAAAAAAGAAAAUUCUACACGUGAAUUAUUGGUCAUCUUUGCUGUAACAUUGGUCCUAGGCAUAAUUGGCACCCCAGAAAAAGUAUUUUUGCUGUAAGGUUAAUUUCAUAUUUGAGUUAAUAAUUUAUCCACCAAAAAGUGCAUUAUUGGCCGAAGAUAUAGUUACUAAGAGUGAGCAAUCAUCAUACCUGGUGGUUAAAAUAAUUGGGUUUUUUUUUAUUAUAUAUUCUCUUACAAAGGAAAGGGUAGGAGUUAAAACUGUUCCCUCCUGAUAUAUUUUCAGAACACUGGCAAUUGAUUGAAGACUAUCAAAUGGUUAUGGCACAAUUGCCAGCUGAAGACUGCAUAAGAGACAUACAGGAUGGUAGGGUGUACCAAAAUUUCAUCCAGCAUGACCCUCGCACCAGAGGAAGGAAAGUACUUUCAGUUGUAGUUAGCAGUGAUGGGGCACCAUUGAUUAAGUCCAAGAAGUUUAGUAUCUGGCCACUCAUUUGUUUUCUUGUGGAGUUACCUCCUCAAGAAAGAUACAAAUUUGAAAACAUCCUACUCACUGGGCUGUGGUAUGGGAAGUCUAAACCAAAUGUGCCACUAUUUUUGAAAAAUUUUACUGGUGAAUUAUCCAAUUUGGCAAAUGGCAGCAAUUUUAACAACGAAACAGGUGAACUUGUGCCAUCAGUGUGCAGAAUCCAAUCUGUUGUGCCUGACCUGCCUGCCAAAGCCUUGCUUUUUAACAUCAAGCAAUAUAAUGGUAAAUUUGGCUGCAGUGUAUGCAAACAUCCAGGGAGGUAUGACCGGCAAACACGUGCAAGGCUGUAUGAAUACAGGCCCUCUGGUACUGUGGCUGUCAGAACAGCACAAGAAACCAGGAUGUUUGCAAGAAUUGCAGAGGCAAGAGGCACCACUAUAUUCGGCAUAAAAGGAGAAAAUGUGUUUUCUCAAUUAGUUGACAUUCCAGACAAUGUACCUAUUGACUGGAUGCAUUGUGUUUGUGAAGGCAUCCUUAAAAGACAGCUAUUCAAACGGUGGUUCGAUCCUCAGUAUGCUACAGAUGCAUACAGUUUACUAGAAAUUAGUCAUGAGCUAGGCAAUAUGUUUCUCUCUAUCAAAGUGCCCCAUGACUUUACUAGAAAGCCACGUAGCAUUGCUGAGUUAAAACACUGGAAAGCAUCCGAAUUUCGUUUGUUUGCCCUCUUUGCUGGACUGCCAUGUCUUCGAUAUGCUGUUCUUUCUGAUGAAUUUGGUGUAGACCACUUUUAUCACUUUGCACUUCUUUCCACUGCCCUUCGUUUCCUGCACUCAACUCCUAUUUCUAAAACUUGUGUAGAGAAGGCACAAGUUUUGCUUGAUAACUUUGUGAGACUUUUACCAAGUCUUUAUGGUAUUGAGGAGUGUACUUACAACUCCCAUGCUUUACUCCACUUCCCUUCCCAAGUUCUUGACCAUGGUUCCUUGGCACUUACUUCUGCUUUUGUAUUUGAAGCAUUCAUUGCUCACCUUAAAAAUCUGUAUUCUGGAACAAGGGGACUCCCAAAGCAGAUGGUGGAAAAACUAGGGGUAAGCCAGACCUACAAGGUGCACAUUUUGCAGAAAUGCAAAUCAACACCCAGUGCUGCUAGGUUUGCAAAACAUCUGCUUGGUGAAAGGCCCAGUGUUCGGUAUACAGAAGGGGGAAUCCUGCUGCAUGAACCUGUGCACUUCAAGAAGCUGACACAGUUUCAAAAUGUCCUUUCUGCAGCAUUUGGAAGUGGUCCUGACCAAGAAUACUUGGUUUCCUAUAGGAUGACAAAAGAUCAUGUCACCUUCCACAGCAUGAUGUAUCCUAGAAAAGGAAAUUCGUGCAGUUACCUUGUUCAGUUUUGUGCACAUGGGAGGAAAUGCUAUGGCAGAGUGGCAUUCGACCACAACAUUGCAAGUCUUCAUUAACUGAUGAGGUUGAAUGUUUACGGGUCGCUAUUUGUAGCACGUUGGUAUGCUGUUAUUGGUGCAUUUCGAUCCUCAUUAUUAUUCCGGUUGUUAGAUGGUGUUCCCUCAUGGAUCCUCAUAAAUCAGCUGAUGUGUUGUUUGAUCGUGGGUAUCCAAGCUUCAGGAGUGUUGAUUCCACUAUCCCUAAUGAUGUUGUUGGGAUGAAGUCUUCAAUGGAUAUUGUAGCAAUUUUCAGGGUCAUGGACAAGGCUCUAGCCUUUUUGUAAGGAUUCCUCAUCAAUCAAUCAAUCAAACUUUAUAUAAAGAGGGUGACACUUAAUAGUUAAAAAACCUAAUGAAUUAAUGUGGAUCUCUAUAAACAUUGUUACAAUUUAAAAAGAACCUAUUAUAAUUAAUAACCUAAUUAAGAGUUAAAUUAAAACUUGUGAAAAAUCACAUUUGUACAACAAAUCAAGAUCUAAAAGUUAAAGGUAAACAUAUCGCUCAUAUGGUUUUGUAUUCGAACAUUGUGCUGAGCAUAGUUGAUCGGAUUGAAUGAAACAUGGAAUUGACACUGAAUACAAAUACCAUUAUUCCAGUGGAACAAUUACCUCUUUAGAAAACAGGUGUGUUUGUGUUAUCAGGUCUGAAAUUUGUAAACCAUAGAUGCUUACUUGACUUUAUUGAUAUCACUUUUGAUAUCAUGUGUGCAAGGUUUUAAGCCAUAUACAUCAUGCUCUAUUAUGUACUGAAUAGGAUGCGCAUUUCAAGUCACUCAGGAAUGUGCUGGAAUAAACUUGAUAAAAUCUUGUCAAGAACAUUUUGAAUUCUUACUGAUCUUACAAAUUAAGAUUCUUACAAAACUUUUAGAUAAACUUUAGAUAAGAUCCUCUUUGGAACCUUUAUGUCAGGAGUUACAUUUACUGAUCUUUGAUUAUUAAGAUUCUUAAACAAACUUACCAAGAUCUUGUUAAGAUCUUACUAAUCUUACAGAUUAGGAUUCUUACAAGAUUCUUACAUGAACUUAAUAAGAUCUUGUUAGGAACCUUACAAGAUUCUUAUAUAAACUUGAUAAGAUCUUGUUAAGAUCCUUCAAAGAUCUUAACUCUCAUGUGUUGUAAAAUUUUGUUAAGAUUCUUACAAGAUUCUUAAAUAUAGUUAAUAAGAUCUUUUAAGAUCUUACAAUGCUCAAACUUGGUUAAGAUUUGUUCAAGAAAUUUGGUAAGAUCUUAGUAAGAUUAUUAAUUCUUAAUAAGAUCUUAAUAAGAUCUUCAUCUUAAUUGCCAUCUUAUAAGAUUCUUACAAGAUCUUUCAAGAUCUUACAAGAUCUUCCAAGAUCUUAAUAAGAUUUCCACCUGGGACUUCUAGUAUAUGACUUUGUGUGUGAUAUUUAGUGGGGCAGGAGGAAUUGUUAUUUAAAAAAAUGGUAAAAUGUUUGGACAAUUCAACAUCCUAACCCAUUUUUUUAUCUAACAAUGUCUGAAAAGGCUUUGUGCGGAAGAUUUUUUCUCCUCCUAUCAAAUACAAUCUCUGACCCUCCCUUCCCUUCCGUCUUAAGUAUCAUUUUCUCCCUCCCCCUUCCCCUCCCCCAGAAUCGUUCUCUUCCUCUUCCUUCCCCUCUCCCCCCAGUAUCGUUCUCUUUCUCUCCCUUCCCCUCCCCCUCAGUACAGUAACUUACGUCCACUUCUUGGUGGAAAUCUUUUCUUAUUUUUGGACAGACAUUGCGCAUUUACGAAAGAAAUUCGACGACGACAAGAAAAGAAUUGCUGAAAUGAAGUCAGCCAGAAAAUUUCGACCCUAUUGAUUGUUCUUAAUCAUUCAACUUUUCACGAAGCAGCGUUGCUAUAUAUAUUGACAGAAUUCAAAUUAAAGCGGGAUUUCAACAAAGAAAGUGUACUCUUAUGUUGUGGUUAACAUCUGAGACGUGCAGGUAUUAGUACGGUUUGUGAGAGGCGGUUAUUUCUUAUCAACGUCUACGCCUCUCAUACAACCGCGAAUAUUUUAUAUUUGAUGACGUUAAACUCAUUAAGCCCCGGAGCAAAAAGGGGCAAUCAAUCGUGACAGUGUAAAACCGGAAAAACUAAGAAACAAAACAAAACAAAGUUUAAAAUAAUUCUGCCGGUGAAAAGAUUGGAAGCAAUUAUGGUUUUAGGCAUUUCCCGUUCAAAGUUACUUACGUCAGUUGAAACCUUCUGUUGAUACAAGGAACUUCAGACUUGCGUCAUUAAGGAUUCUAAUAUAUUUGAAUACGUCCUUGAUUAGUCUAUUUUGUAAACAAACUGUGGUGUGUGUUCCGCAAGCAUUGAAACACGAAAACGCUAAGUUGAUAUCUGAAUCAGUGGUGAACCUUUAAACAGCUGCAGAGAGUGAAAAAAGUCUUGUAGGUCAUCAUUAUAAUUAAGGAUUUGGUUUAGAAACUUUAGAAACUUUUCCUGCUAGGCUCACUACUCCAUGCUAAUGAUAACAAAUCCGAGACCUGUAAGAAUACUUAAUAGAAUAAAUGAAU